AACCAGCUGUUCAAGAUGGCGGCUAUCAGGAUACACGAACUUUUGUUUAUUUUCACAUUCUUGUCGAUUGCUUCUGCGACAGGAGUAUUUGAUAGGGUCUUAGAUGAUAUCACUACUUGUUCCGACAAAUGCUCAAACACAUACACGCCACACACUUUUGAAAAGAGCUAUUUAGUAGAUGUAUGUAAAAGAGGAUGUAGAUUUUUCACCAUUAUGGAAUUUAUUUAUAACCAUGAUAAUCUUAAUAUGACUAUGAAAGGUUGCACCUCAUCAUGUGAAGAAGCCUAUAACACAACAGAUGAAGAGAAUACCUGUAUAUUUGGAUGUAAAAAUCAAGUUCCUCAGUUGAAGAAAUUUAAUUUUGAUGAGGAUCCAAUGGAUAUGAUGAACAUUCAGUUUAUAAAUCCUUUCAUGUAUGUACAUAACAUGUACAGUAAUAUGGUAGACAAAGUUUUGAAUGGUUUGUCUGUCAGGUGGUCAUUCUACAUGAGGUCAGGUGAUGGGUCAGUGAUUGUAGUAAAGUCAGAGCCACAGUUUACACCAGAAUUUGAUUCAAUUGAAACUGAUGAUGAUUACAACACAGCUCAUUAUUUGGAAACAAACUUGGAGGAAGUUGACAGAUCUGCAACACCUGUGAUUAAAAGGUCUCAGAUAAUGCCAAGAGAAGACGGAACACAGUUUGCAUACAAUGUUAAUGGUGACAACACUGCUUCUAAUGACUGGUUGACAUGUGUAUCAAAGAAGACUGGUUUGUCCCGUGUGUUUCUGAGCAUGUUAUUGUUUAUGUCCGCCAUGAUGAUGAUUUGGCUAUGUCUGACUGCAAUGGUGACCGCCCCUGACCAGAGAGUCCAUGGAAAUAAUCAGAGACUUAGUAUUAAUGGUGACCUUGAACAUAUCAAACAAAUGAAGGCAUUAGGAAUGGAGAUAUCAUAUCCUCAGGUUAUCUCUGAUGAUGCUGGACCACUUCCUGUAAAGGUCAAAGUUCAGAGAUUAUAAUUCAGUGACUUAGUCCCAAUCAGAUAGACUCAUAGUAUUAUGAAUUAAAAUGUGCAUUUGAGAUGCAUUAAGAUAUUCAGCGGUAUUUUUGAAAGGGAGAAUACUAUUCAUGUGGGAUUUCUAGCUUUUAAUAUGUAAUAAACAUACUUGACCUUGAUGUACUCUUCAUAACAUACUUGAUGUAUGUACUCUUCAUAUUUAUUUGUUGUUGUAGUUUUGUUUACCACUACAUGGGCAUUACAAUUUGUUUUUGUACAUCAGUGGUUUGGCAAAAGACAAAUAUGAUAAAAUGUAUUAUAUUUAAAAGGUUGAAUUUGUGACAGUAGUCACAUAAACUCUUAAGUCUACUGAUUAUUAAACUUAACGAUGAGUUGUUCCCUAGAUAUAAAUAAUAAUGUUUCGCAAAAUACAACUGGAACACUUUUAUAUACUUUUCUUUAAAGCAAAAAAAGACAACUAUGUUAUAAGCCCAUUUAUUGAUAUUAAAGUGAUUGACAAGAUUGUUGAAAGUCAAUUAUAACUCAUAUUUUACUUUCUUAAUUAAAAAGAACAGAAAAAAAGAGAAUUGUAAGUCUCUCUUCAGGUCAAGUCAGAGUAAAUGGAAGCCAUGUUUGCAUGUACAUGUAUAUCCUUUCAGAAAAUAUACAAAUAUCUUGGGAGUUCCCAUGCUUAAUAUUUUUUUUUUCAGUUUGCCAAAAAUAAACAGGACCUCAAAUAUUUUUACAUCUUUUUAUCCUUAUAUCAAAUCAAUUAUGUUUGAAACAAUGAAGUUAGAACUGUAAAUAUACAAAAGACGAGAUUCCACUUUCGAUUUUAUGAAUGAAUUGCUCUGGUUGACCUGGGAAAUUUUGGUGAAAAUGCCUCUUGGGACAUUGUGAUGUGAAGAUAUUUGCUUUGUGACAUCAAUAUUUUCCGGAAAAAAGCAAUGUUGGAAGAUCAUGUAUUGAUCACCAGAUACUUGACUUGACCUUUAGAUUGUGACCUUUAGAAUGAUAUUUCUUGUAAUUCUAUCGACAAUUAACUUAUAAUAGAACUUGUGCUGUUUUCAUUUAGAUUAAAUAUGAAUUGUUUUCAUACUUUUUCUUAUAGAAUUCCAUUUUUGUUUGCAUGUGAUAAUUCGUUUAUGUUUGUUAUUAUUAAUUUGUUUUAUUAUACUUUCAUAGUGUUUAUGGGGAAAAUUUCAAUAUUUAAUGCAAUUUUUAUAACUUUGGUAUCAGCAAAUUCAUAUCAUUAUAUGUUUUGAAGUUAAAUUAUAGAUUUUUUUUAAUUAAAUGUUUAGGGUUUGGUCAAUUUGGUGAUAUAUUAACUGAUUUUGGUGAAUAAACAGAUAUUUUAAUGGAAAGUUUCUAAUGCAUAUUUAUAUCCUCCAGUACUUAGAUGAACUGACGUACUGUCAGGAAAUAUCAAAUUUUAUAUUCAUGGUGUUGAAUGUGUGAUGCAUUGAAUAUUGUAAGUAAAGGUAUCAAUUUAACUUUUUUUCGUUAUAGGGAAAGCUUAUGUGCAAGAUCUUUUCUUAAAACCUGUAAAAUAUCUCUGUAUUAUUAUUAAAUUCCAUACCAUUAGAUUCCAUUAUAUAGUCAUGGUAUAUCUAUACAUAUUCUCUACAAUGAUUCAAGAAAACAAAUAUUUUCUGUGAACAUUAAUUUUCAGCAAAUUUGUAAUUGUUUUUAAACACUUGAAUAAGUAAAAAUAUAUAGUUAUGAAUGAAAAUAUACUAGAAUGUUUUGUGUGAUUGGAUCUUGAAAGUUAUGAAUUAUUGUGUAUCAAUAUAGUAUGUAUUUGUUUUUUUUUCAAUGGAAAAUGAUUUUUACUGUGUAAUCAAAUUACAAUAUUAAUUAGAUAAGGGUUGAGAAGUCCCUGAUUAUGAACCAGUUGUAUAGGGUUUUCGUAGACAAAGACAUACACUUGUACAACAUACAUGUAUAACAUAUGUCAUGGUGGUAUUUUCAUAAUUACAACUAUAAACACAGAAAUAACAGGCAUUAAUUAUUUUUGAUAUUCGUAGGAAAGUUUAUAUAAUUUCAAAUGGGGUAAUAUAUUGCAUGCCAUAUUGAUUGCUGGUUGGUGUUUAACACCACUUUCAUCACUAAUGGAUAUAUUGUGGCAGCAAGUUUGUAUUGCCCAGAGAAAUCCACAGACCUUCGGGCAGAAAGACUGGCAAUCCUAGUCAAUUAAGAUUGAAGUCACAUGCUGGAUUUGGACUCGCAACCUCAGUGGUGACAGGCUAGUGAUUGCUGUAGGUGAACUUCUUAGACCACUAGGCCACCAAGGCCCCAUGCCAUAUUAUUGGUAAUAAUCAGAAAAUCCCACAUAACAGUGAUUCUAUGUUAAAAAUUUAAACUAUAAGAAAAGAAACUACCAUAUUUGGAUAUUGAAUUAUAUUAAGUUUUUAUGGAAAUUAUAAAGUGUUUGCUUUUUGUAUUCAAGAAAACCCUUUGUACAUCAUAGAUGUGAAUUUUCUUUUGCCUUUGAUAUUGUUGUAAGAAAGAUAAUUGUGUUUUAAGGAGUAAAAACACUCACAAGUUCUACCACGAGUGGUGAAAAACGGGAUAAAAACAUGGUGAAAAUUACAUCAGUAUUUUGUAUCACAUAGAGAUCAUUUGUAAUAUCUAUUGUGUAUAAAUUUAAAUGGGUUUUGUAAAAUGUCCUUUUCAAUUAAAGGUUGCCUUAACAUCCAAUUUAAAAGGUAAGAACAACAAGAAACAAAACUGAAGAAGUGAAAAAUAUUUGUGAAUAAUAAUGUUGAUAAUGAUGUUAAUCUUCCAAAGGACUUCAGUGGAAGACAAAAAUUGUGUCAGAAAAGAAGUCCAUUUUAUACAAGAUUUAUUUUAGGCAUUAAUGUAUGAGGAAAUUUAGGUUAUUGAACAGGUCCCUGUUAAGUGUUACUGACAGAUAUGGAAAGGACAAUUUACCAAACCAAACAUUAUGUAGAAUGAAUGAUAAUAAUAUUCAAUGUUUAUGUAUGAAUGUGAAGUAUUGAGGUUAAACAUGUGUGAAUGAAAUGAAUGGAUUUGCUUGUUCAGAUAGUUUCUUUUAUGAUAAAUUAUAUUGCUUUAUAAAUGUUAUUUUUCUCAAUUAAUUGAGAUGGUAUAAUUGCUAUAAAAUAUAUUCUGCAAUACUGUUUUGUAGCUAUACUGUAUAAUUUGUGAUGUUUUUAUGGGAGGCUUUGAUGGAAUUUGUGAGCACUAAAACACUUUAAAGUAAUGUUGGGGAAAUGAUGAAUGAAAAAUCUCAUGCCCUGAGCCAUGAUAUAGUUAAUUUGUUGUAGUCUAACUUAUGCCUCCCAUGAAUAUCAUGUACAUUUUGUACUGCUAUAUUUUCAUAACUGGUAGUUUUGUAUAAAGAAGAACAUGAUACAAUAUAAGACUUCUGCAUCUGGUCCAGGAGUAGAAAUCUCAGCUUUUAAUACCAUAGAAGAUAUUAAUUUCUGCUUUUGGCAUCAAAAUACAAAACUUAUUCAAUGAGAUCAUGAAAAUAACAUGUUCAUUGAUACAAAAAAUGUAAACAUGCAUAUAAAUCUUUGAAAUUCUUUGUAGAAAACCUGCUUAUGUACACAUGUGUGGGAUAUAAAGAAUAAAUGUAUACAAAUGGG